AUCGAAGGGUGCGGUGGUUACUCGCGAUGCACGCUGGGAUUCAAAUAUGGCAGCGUCCAGCGCUGCGUUGUUGCCGACAGAGGUCGAUGCCGAAAACUUGUCGAGUUUCCAUAUAAAAGGCCUGCCGGAUACUGCCUACUACAUUCCAAACUUCAUAACAGAGCAGGAAGAGCAGUACCUUUUUGAAAAAGUGUAUGAUGCCCCAAAGCCUAAAUGGGUACAACUUGCUCACAGGCGACUGCAGAACUGGGGUGGCAUUCCACAUUCCAAAGGGAUGAUACCUGAGCAUCUCCCACCAUGGUUAGUCGACAUCACGAAAAAAGUGUCUAGGCUUGGCGUUUUUGGUACUCAUGUUCCUAACCACGUCUUGGUGAACGAAUAUAAACCGGGUGAAGGUAUCAUGCCACAUGAAGAUGGGCCUCUCUACUACCCUGUGGUCACUACAGUCAAUUUGAACUCCCAUGCAGUUCUUAAUUUCUACCGUGCAAGGAAACCUGAGAACUCAGAAAUGCACAAUGGCCAGCAGUCUGCAGAGGAAUCAGAAAGAACACUCAUUGGAUCUCUACUUCUUCAAAGGAGAAGCCUUCUCAUCACAAAAGACAAUCUCUAUACGGACUACCUCCAUGGCAUUGACUCCAUAGAGUGUGACACAAUCGGGGAAAAUGUCAAAAACAUUGACUGUUGCAUGGGUGUCGUGCAGGGCGCUACUCUGCAUCGGGAUAAUCGAGUGUCGCUGACUAUCAGAGUCGUUUCCAAGGUGAUUGGAGCAAGCAUCAUGAAAACCCUCAAAAUGAAUUUAUAUAAAUAGCUAAAUAUUUAUAUAAAUAGCUUGCCUGUGUCUCAAUAAAGUAUUUUUCAAGUUUA